AUGUCAAUCCACGCCGGCCAAUCUUCAGGGGUAAAGCUGCAGGACAUCGCCAAGAAAUCGCCGUUCGUAGUCGGCACGUCCCGGCUCGGCGCCGUUGGAGACACCGACAGUUUGGACGAGACAUCGACCUCCUCACACUCCACAGCGCCAACACCCUCGGAAAGCAUCAACGCGCUUCUCGGCAAAGCAGACUCAGGAACCAGCGGACCCAACGAGAGAUGUCUUGACGGCGGACUGCGUCCGUGGCUGGUGGUGCUCGGCUGUUGGCUAGCGCUGUUCACGUCGCUCGGGUUCGUCAAUAGUCUGGGCACCUUCAGAACAUACCUCGUCCACACCCAAACCACCAAUCCAACGUCCGGCGCGAUUGGGGGCGUCAUAUUCGCCUAUGCGGUCACCAGCUUGCUGCUGGGGCUCUACGUCGGCCCUCUGUUCGACCUGUACGGCCCACGCUGGCUCCUCGGCAGCGGCACAGUCUGCCUCAUCAUCGGCCUGCUUCUCGCCAGCCUCAGCAUGGGUCCUAUCGGCAUCCUCACCGCGCUCGGCAUCUUGGGCAGCCUCACCAGCACCCUUCUCUCCACACCAGCAAUCGCCUCCGUCGCCUACGUCUUCACAGCCAACCGCGGCCUGCCCAUGGGCAUCGCGGCCACCGCGUCCUCCGCAAGCGCCGUCGUCUUCCCCUUCAUCCAGCACGCCAUCUACCUCCACCUCGGCUGGCUGUGGGCGGUGCGCAUCCUAGCAAUUAUCUCCCUCGUUCUCGCCGUGGCCGCCAACUUCCUCAUCCGCUCAAACCGCCUCCCCCCAUCAUCAUUAUCACCACACCCGCCUUCCUCCUCCUCGUCCCCCGUCCCAACACCGCGACGCGACCUUUCCAACCCCCACCCCACGUUCCGCAUCUUCCGCGCCCGAGGAUCCUACCUCACCCUCAUCGGCCUCUGCUGCGCGCAACUCGCCUCCUUCUACCCGCUCAGCCACAUGUCCGCCUACGCCCUCGGCAAAGGCGCCACCCAAACCGACGCCUUCACCGUCGCAGCCGUCGUCAACGGGUCCUCCGUCGUCGGCCGCAUAGCGCUAGGCUGGGCAGCCGAUCGCGUCGGGCCGUUCAACGUCAAUAUCGCGUGCUGUCUCGCAGGUGCCGUCUCCUGCUUUCUGGUGGCGCUGCCCGCGGGGUUCACGAGGCCCGGGCUGAUGUUGUUUGGGGUUCUGUUUGGGUUGGUGAGUGGCGGGAGUAUUGGGUUGGUGCCUGUGGUGGUGGGGAGGUUGUGUAAGACGCAGGAGUUUGGGAGGUAUUAUAGUGCGUUUUAUACGGUGGCUUCGUUUUUGGCGGUGUUGGGGAUUCCGCUUAUGGAGCAGGUGUCGAGGACGAGUAGGGGGGAUUAUUUGGGGCUGAUUUUGGUCACGAGCUUUUUGUAUCUUGGUGCUGCGGGGGCGUUUUGGGCUGUGCGGUCGGCGGUGGUUGGGAGGGGGUUACGGGCGGUUUUUUGA